UCCCCGCCAUCCCCAGGUGCUGCCCGCAGAGCGGGGCGGAGGCUGGAGCCGGCUCUGGCCGAGGGGCGCGGAUCCGGCAGAUGCAGUAAAGUGAGGAGCACAAUUCAGAUGAAAACCUGCAAACUGACCAUGCAUUGAUGAAGAAGCAGCUGCAGGCUUUCAGUUUCCAUCCUCACAUCUGAUUUGAAGUGACGGUGAGAGGAAGCAUAAGGGAUCUCUCAUUCUGUUUGGACUCCUUGUUUACAGAAGAGUAAUGGAGAUGCUAUUAAGCACAAAAGGGAUCACCAUAUGCCUGUUUUUCUUUGUAUUGAGUUUGGCAGCAGCUAUUGAAAUACCACUAUCAGUUGCGCAGCUUCCCACAAUCACAAACCAGUCCCGCACCCAGGUUGCCUACCCUUUUGAUGAGGACUUUACAAUCAAGUGUGAAGCUAAAGGGAACCCGCAGCCCACCUUCAACUGGACUAAAGAUGGAAAACCCUUUGAUUUAUUAUCUGACCCACGGAUAACUACAUCUAACAACUCUGGAACAUUUGUGAUCCAAAACCAUGGAAUCAUCACCCAUUUUCAAGGGAAAUACCGUUGCUAUGCAUCCAACCGGCUGGGAACUGCCAUGUCAGAAGAAAUCGAGCUAAUUGUUCCAAGUGUGCCAAAAUUCCCAAAAGAAAAAAUUGAGCCCCUUGAUGUGGAGCACGGUGAUUCUGUGAUUUUGCACUGUAACCCCCCAAAGGGCAUCCCCCCUCUGCAUAUUUAUUGGAUGAAUAUUGAUUUGCAGCACAUUCCACAAGAUGAAAGGGUAUCCAUGAGCCUUAAGGGAGAUCUCUACUUUGCAAACGUGGAAGAAAAUGACAGUCGAAGUGAUUAUUGUUGCUUUGCUGCCUUCCCAAAACUGAGGACGAUUGUACAGAAGAUGCCAAUGACGCUGAAGGUUUCCCGGUUUAAGCAUGCUAAUGACUCAGGCUCACCUAACGCUGCAGUUACUAAGGCAAAUUUUAUCAAGGAAAGAAAACCCAAACUGCUGAUCCCUCCUGAAUCUGCUGGCAGUAGCUCAUCAGUCACUGUCAUCAAGAGAGGUGUCCUGCUACUCGAAUGUAUUGCUGAAGGGCUCCCGACUCCUCACCUAAGCUGGGUCAAGGUCCCUGGAAACUUGCCCAAGGAUGAAACAGAAACAGAAAAUUUUGGGAAGAUACUGAAGAUAGACAACGUGACUGAAGCUGAUGCAGGAACAUACCAGUGCACGGCGAGCAACCCCAUGGGCAGAGUGAAGCAUGAGUUCCACGUGCAAGUAGAAGAGCCUCCUCGGUGGACAGAAGAGCCCCAGGGUGGGGUUUUCAGCAUUGGAACAAAUCUUGUGCUGCUGUGCAGAGCUACUGGCAGCCCAAAGCCAACCAUUCAGUGGAAGCUUAACGGGAUGCCCAUUGACAGAAGGACCUUCAGAGGCACAGUAUCUUCCACAGAGAUCAGCCUUACCAACCUGCAGAUCCAGGACAGUGCUGUGUACCAGUGCGAGGCCAGCAACAAGCACGGCACCAUCCUUGCCAGUGCCAACGUCAACGUCCUCAAUAUUGCUCCCUUAAUCCUGACCUCAGAUGGUGAAAACUAUGCCGCAGUAGUGGGUUACAGUGCCUUCCUACACUGUGAGAUCUUUGCCUCUCCUGCAGCAGAUAUUAGAUGGACUAAGGAUGACAGCAUAGAGCCACUUUCAACAUUACGCUAUGAGCUAAAUAAGAAUGGCACCCUGGAGAUCAAAGAGACCACGAAAGAAGACGCUGGGUCGUACGCUUGCUGGGCUGCAAAUGCUGUUGGGAAAAGGGCAAUCACUGCUAACCUGGAUAUAAGAGAUGCUACAAAACUUGUUGUUACUCCAAAGAACCCCCGGGUGUUGAAAUCACAUUCAAUUUUGUUGAAAUGUCAGUCUGAAUAUGAUGCACAUUUGAAACAUAGUUUUAAAUUAUCCUGGAGAAAAGAAGGAGACGAGGUGCCACUCAACAGCACAGAGGAUGGCAGGAUAAUUCUGGACAGGGAUACACUGUUCAUCUCAAGUGUGACACUGGAGGACCAAGGAGUGUACACGUGUGUGGGCAGCACCUCUCUGGACAGUGUCACGGCCCAGGCGCGGUUAAUUGUUCUCGAUGUUCCUGAUCCACCAGAAGACCUUCAGCUCUCAGAAAACCAAAACCGAAGCGUUCGACUCUCCUGGAAGGCCGGGGCCAGUCAUAACAGCCCAGUUAAUGAGUCAAUUAUAGAGUUUGAAGAGAACCGGUGGGAGCCGGGGAGGUGGCAGGAGCUGGCCCGAGCCCCAGGGAAUGACACCACUGUCCUUUUGGCACUGGCUCCCUACGUGAAUUACCAGUUCCGGGUCGUGUCCGUGAACGCCGUGGGAAGGAGCCAGCCCAGCAAACCAUCCCUGCGCUACGCGACGCCUCCGGCUGCUCCAGACAAGAACCCAGAAAACAUCCGGGUUGAAGCUUCUGAACCAAAUGAAAUGGUGAUGAAAUGGGAGCCACUGAAACCCGUGGAGAGGAAUGGGCCAGGACUGGAGUACAAAGUCAGCUGGCGGCAGCGGGGGGUGGAGGCUGACUGGAACGAGGAGAUGGUGAAGAAGCAUUCUCUGACCCUGAGGAACACCCCCACCUUCGUGCCUUAUGAGAUCAAAGUCCAAGCUGUAAAUAAUUUAGGCUCUGGUCCCGAACCAAACGUGACCAUCGGAUAUUCAGGAGAGGAUGUUCCAGAUGCUGCUCCUUCUGGCGUAUCGGUGGAUGUUGUGAACAGCACGUUGGUCAAAGUCUUCUGGUUUGGCAUACCAAGGGACAGAGUUCGUGGACAUUUAAGAGGCUAUAAGGUCAGUUGGUGGAAAACAAAAAACAUGCUGGACGGAAAAAGGCAUCACCCAGAGAAACACUUCCUAAUGUUUGUAGGAGACAGAAACUAUGGGAUGAUUCCUGGUCUAGAGCCCUUCAGUGAAUUCCGCUUGACUGUUCUGGCUUACAACGGCAGAGGAGAUGGCCCAGAAAGCUCCCCUGUUGUGUUUGAAACUCCUGAAGGAGUCCCUGAACAACCACGUUUUCUAAGGAUCUUGAACUUUGACAAGGACUCUGUCACUCUGUCAUGGGGACUUCCCAAGAAAGCCAAUGGCCACCUUACCGGCUACGUUUUGCAAUACCAGAUGAUAAAUGAAACCCAUGAAAUUGGGCCUCUGGUGGACAUCAGCAUGACCAACCGCUCCACGCUCAGCUGGAGGCUCUCGGGGCUCAGCUCCAGCACCAAGUACAAAUUCUACGUCAAGGCUUGUACAGCCAAAGGCUGUGGGAAGCCCAUCACUGAGGAGGGACUAACCAUGGCUCAAGGGAGUAAAGGGAUCGGCAAGAUUUCAGAAGCAGUAAACCCCACCCAAAAGUUUCACCCCGUUGAGGCCCUUGAGCCUGGAACUGAAUAUACAGUUCGUCUAGUGACUAAGAACUGGGUUGAUAACAAUAGCAUUUUUGAAGAUGUAAUUGAGACAAGGGGGAGAGCCUAUGCUGGCAUUUACGAAGGAAUCUCCACCCAGGGGUGGUUUAUUGGACUGAUGUGUGCCAUCGCUUUGCUCACCCUGCUGCUGCUAACUGUUUGCUUUGUCAGAAGAAAUAAAGGAGGGAAAUAUUCAGUGAAAGAAAAAGAAGAUUUGCAUCCAGAUCCUGAAGCUCAAUCAAUAAAAGAUGAAAUCUUUGGGGAAUAUAGUGACAGCGAUGAAAAGCCGCUGAAAGGCAGCCUGCAGUCCAUCCCUGGGGACAUUAAAGCCACCGAAAGUGCUGAUAGUCUGGUAGAUUAUGGAGAAGGGGAGCAUGGGAUGUUCAAUGAAGAUGGUUCAUUUAUUGGAGCUUAUUCUGGAUCUAAAGAAAAAGGAUCGGUGGAAAGCACUGGGAGUUCUACGGCAACUUUUCCUCUCCACGCCUAAAAUAUAAGCAAGAAUGACUGGUGUUUAAUUACGGUAUGGAUCUUGAUUAGUAAAUCACCACACGUGAUUGGAAGCAGGUUGCCAACUGAGCCAGCCAGGAACCUGACAUCCAGGUCACGUAAAAACCAGUCACUGCCACUAAAAGAUGAUUUUUCCAUCCUAAUUUCUGGGUGUUUUCUUCUAAUUCAAAGCAAUCAAAUAAUUCUUUACUACACAAGAUGUCUCGCUCAGUCUCAGCAGAACAGAAUUCCUCAGUGUUACACAUGUAUAGUCACCUGCUACUCUCUGUGGUUCUUAAAUUUGGAAUAUGUUUCUCUGUAUAGUACUUUUUUAACUUGUAUGGCUGUUGUCACCUUGUACAUAUGUUUAUAUGUACUGUUCCCUCUUGUGUGGGGACCUGGGUGUUAUAGGGGUUAGAACAUGAGAAGAAGAUCAAACAAAACCAACAGGUUUCCACUGCAAAGUGACAAGACGCAUCCUACUGAGAAAUCGAUUAUCUAAAAUACUGGAGAAAUCUAUUCUAUAGACUGUAUAAUUUUUUCAUAAAGAAAAAAAAUCCACUCUUUUUCAUAUGGUAUUCUAAUGUUAUUUGAGUGGUUACAGCUGACUGCAAUUAUCAAUACUAAGAGACACAACUUUAUUCCCAGAAAAAUCGCUCUUAAAAGACAAAGCUCUGGCCUUGUGGCCAUACGUUCUGUCCAGCAGCUGGCACUAUUUCCUUACAGAAGUUAAGCUGCAGUAACUUUCCUGUGGCAAGGCAAAACAGGGUUCCCAUCCGCCAUCCUUAGAAAUCAUUUGCAUUUUUCCCGAGUCUCAGCAAGCUGCAAUUUCUAAGCAAAAUGCUUGUUCUCUGUCUCAUAUCUGUAUAUUUGUGCUCUAGCAUACAUUUCAUGGAGACGCUGUACAUACAAUAUUAAUAUUGACACACGUAAAAAUCAGCCUUGUUUUAUUUCUAAAUGAGUCAUGUUGCUAGCAUGAGUCUGUAUAGCUGUGUAGGAAUGAAUAGAAUUGCUUCUCAAUAUGAGCUUGGACCAGCAAAACUAGUUUUCAGAAGGAGUUGUGUGUUAUACCAGUCAUCCAGAACUCACAUCUUUCUAGUAUCACAGAAAACAAACCCACCCGACUCGCAAGAGGUCAUUUCUUUUCAAGCUCUUCCUUGUUAAAUAAACAAAAGCAAAGAGAAAAUAUUAUGGUAUGGUUUGUUUAUAUUUUGUUUACUGAACACUGGUUUAAACCUGGUUCUUUUCUUGCCUCUCCCAACACUAACUCGGCAAAGCUGCACAGCACAUUUUUUGGUCUUUUUGUAUUGGAAUCUCCUGCAUCUCUUGAAAAGCAUUUUUAUUUUUGAAUAUGCUUUUUUGAGUAGAGUAUCAAUAUGGCUUCAUUUCUUCCUGAGCUUACAAAUGGCUGUCCCUCCAAUCAUAAUAUUUUUUAAUAGAUACUGCAGGAGGAAUAGAUGCUAAAAGCCAUUUUGCAUCAUGGUAGUAAUUAGGCAAAUAUCCCCAGUGGCUCCUUCAUGGUCUCCCUUACUUUGAUGGAAGAAAGACAGGAAGCAAGAAUGACUCUCCUGGUGACAAGUUCCCAGCAAUGACUACAGUGAAGACCCCUUAGUUGCCCACAGAAAUGCAGAUUGUGGCCAGUAGAAAGGCUGGGGUUUGUACCCAGCUUGGAUCCUCCCCAGCACUCCUGUCUCUGGAAGCAGAGAGUGGCCUCUGGGGCUCGAUGCCUCUGCUAAUCUUUUUUAAUUUUUCCUUUUAAGGAAGGUACAUUUAGCCUCUGCUUGGGGGAAGAGCAAACCCCAAAACCCCAGCGAUGAGUGGAAAUCUGCCCUGAGUCAAAAACCCUCCCUUCCCUGUCAGUGACCCUGUGGUGUGAAGGACUUGACCAAGUCAUUAACUUUUGAUUAUUUAAAAGGGUUUUAUUCUGUAUUGCACUCAAUCCAAAUGCUGCAAAAGUUUGAAGUUAUUUUAAUUAAAAAAAAAAAAAAGGAAAAAAUAUUUGAAAAAGGAGUUCAUAACUGAAACAAGGUGAAAAUUGACAUCUUGUGAACAGAGAGGUUUCCUGUCGAGAUCUUUAUCUGCCCUGAGCUCUCCCAGUCCUGGGGCAGAGCAAGGGAUGAGGCUGGACCCAGCCCAGCCACAGUCCCAGUUGUUCAUUUUCUUGUGCUUUGGGUCACUGCAGAUCAGCUGGAGUCAUUGUCCCAGAACAUGCUGAUGUUAAACAGCCAGGAAUUUCCAAUCCUAUUAGGGAGUGUCAAAUUAUCAAAUAAUGAAUAUAAAUCCCCCGUGCCGGCGCUCGCUCUGUUGCUGCUAAGAGAUGUCUAUGACAGUCCUGUGAUGUGCUGCUCAUCUGUGCUGGUAGGAGUGCUUUUUCUAUUAAAAUUUGAAUUCCAGUCCUUAAAUCCUGAUGUUGGUAUUCCAUGAUGCCUCAGGGCCUAAAAAUCCCACAGUGACAAAAAGAUGCGCAGUGGCAUUUGUACAGGGUGCCCUGACUUGGGGGAAUAAGCCCAAUGAAUGUUGAGUGGCUGCAACUGCCCAGAACCUCACUCACCUGAGCUUUUCUUCUUUUUUUUCCAAUCAUUCUUUUUUUUUUUUUCCCCAUUGGGGUUUUAUUUUUCUCUUGGAAGGGUGCCACUCAUGCAGUGUACCCUGGGAAGUGCAGGGUGCUAGUGAUUUAUUAGAGAUUUGCUUUUAAAAGUGAACUGGCAGUGGGCUGAGAUCUCCCUCAGCAGCAUUUUGCCAUUGUCCCUGCAUUUUUAGGGCAGUUUCUUACAGGUGAGAGGGAGUGUGGCCAUGUAGGCUGAAUAAAAACUACCACCAGCUGUGCUGCAGUUCUGAAAUAGUCCAUUCAAUCAAAGAAUUAAUUUGUUUUUAAUUAUUUUAUAUUUUUUUUUAAUACUCUGACAAGGAAUGUUUAUUAAAAUGACUUGAGGGAAGUCUGUGGCUAUUUGAUUAAGUAAUACCCAGGGGAGAAUUUCAGAUUGCCUGCUGGGAGGAGGGAGCUGGGGCCAGUGGUGUGUGAGUGUGCAGACCAUGUUGGAAAGGGAAUUACAAACCACCAAGGCCAUGGCUGCUGGUUUGAUGACCUCUGGUUGCAAUCCACCGUGAGAUUCUGGUGGCAGUCCAAGUGUGAGAGGGGAAAUGACACUUUCAGAUUUGAUAUCUCAGCCAGCCCGGGGUGCAGUUCCAGCCAGCAAGGAGGAGGCAUUUCCCAGAGCCCAGGAGUCCUGGCUGGUGGGUUUAAGCAGCCUCCUCAGGAACAAGAGAGGGAUGGGUGUUUCUCCAAACAUUGUGCCAUUUGGACUGUGCAUAAGAUGAAGCAAAUAAAAAUCAGCUCUUCCUACCUAAUGGGGGAAAAAUCUAGUCCAAGUGAGCUAUUGCUUUCACAGAGCAGCACACUGUGGGAUUGGUAUGGGUUGUCAUCUCAGUCCUGAGGUUUUAUUUUAAAUAUAUAUGUAUAUAUAAUGUAAUUGCACAACCAGGAACUUGUAGGAAUGGCCCCAGCUUUGUAACUCAAAUUUUAACUAGAUUUAAUUAGCAUAUCAUUUAAUGAUUGAUGGUAUUUGUUCUGUUGUGUUCUUAUUGCAAACUUUUAAACGAGCAGCUCUUUUCCUGAUAACCACUUCCAUUGACUGACUGGGUAGCCCCAAUGCAUGAGAAAUGUUAAUAGAAGUUUUCAGACCAAUAUUAUUUUUGAGAUGAAAACAAAUACUAGCACAAUGUUUCUAUGUAGAAAAAGGUGGGGGGUUUUAACAGUAAAUCCACAUACAGUUUUGUAAACUAAAGUUAGAAUAACAUUCAGUGAUCUUUGCACUUUCCUGAAAGGAAAUCUUACCGUUAUUUUUUAUAGUCAUUUUUGUGCAGAUGAGGGGUAAUUCUAGAUUGUUAUGUACCUGUGAGAAUGGAUAUAAAGGAAAUAUCUGGUGGCAAGAGGAUUUCCUUUGUUUGACAACAGAUCAAGCCCUCAGCUGCAUCUCUGAGAACCUUUAGUAUUUCAUAAUCAGGCAUAGAAACCAGGACAUGUUUACACUGCAGCUCUGCAUCGUGGAUGUGAAAGUCUCAAGUGAUCUGCACUGAUUUGUUCCCUUUCCAGGCAGGAGCCAGUAGCUGGGUUGGAGCCAAAGCAUACUGUCUGUUUCUUUUUGUAUUAUUAUUAUUAUUAUUAUUCUUUUUACCUUGAACAAGACACGCUGUCAUUUCAUGAGAAAAGAUCAAAGCAAAUGUGGUGUCACCAUUUCUACAAUGUUACUUUUUGAGCUAAAUGUUUCUGUGCAUUUCUUAAAGUUUAGAGAAACGUGUUGUACUGUAGUUGCUGUUUGUAUCAUGCGUAUGUGCACGUAUGGGUUUAAAGGAUAUUUUCAUUUUACAUGAAAUACAACUUUGCUAAUAAAAGUUUGACUUGAUGUUAUCUUCAAAA